UCGCCCUAUGCUGUUUUGUUUCCGUUUAUUCCAUUUCCGUUUCAAAAGUUUUGUAGAUUCAAAGUUUUGUUGUGGUUGAUUCGGGAUGGUUUCACUGCCCGGAGCAUCGGGGUUCUUUCCACAUUUAUUCCCGGUAGUUUGGUACCGGGCGGCGGACACCGAGCCUCGCCCCGCCGAUAGUCGACUAAAAACGGAGCUCUACAACCGAGUCUCACUUUGAACUUAGCGACACGUGUUUUUUUUCUAUUUCUUCCUGUUUUACUUUUGACUUGAAUGUAGUUUUCCCACAUAUCACAUCCCUUUAUGGAGAACUUUGUCCCGACGGCCUACCAUAUGGCCUUUAGACACAGCGAAGCCUCGCCCUCGAGUUAGCUCACAUUAGCACUUGGAACGCUCUCUAAACGGUCCUGUUGACCAACGGGAGACCGCGGCUCCGAGGCCUCCACGGCUGGUCAACACAAUCCAUGUAGGCUCAACCUGGUGUUUUGAACAAAAUGUCCAAAAUUGAGGCGGAAGAGAUGAUCGAGAUUGAGAUCGAUGGGCAGGAUAAACAUGGAUGCCUGGAGGAAGGGAUGGAGGAGCACACCAUCACUGCUGCAGACCUCAUCCAGCAAGACAUCGACAUCAACGAGCCCAUCGGUAACCUGAAGAAGCUCCUGGAGCCUCGGAUCCAGGUGUCUCUGGACCAGUAUGAGAUCUGCCUGCAGGACAUCCAGCUCCAUCCUGAUCACAGUCUGUUUGACCAAGGAGUGAAGACCGAUGGAACAGUACAGCUAAGCCUGCAGAUCAUCACACGACCAGGCGAGGAGAAGCUGAACAUCCUGGAGAUCGUGAAGCCGGUGGAGACGGUGGAGGUGGUGAUCGACCCGGACGCGGCCGGGGAGGACGGCUCGCUGGGGGAGGAGGGCCAGCUGAUCGCCGUGGAGCGCUCGGCGCUGUCCGACGACACCUCGGAGCAGGUCACCCGCUGGGCGGCCGCGCUGGAGGGGUACCGCAAGGAGCAGGUCCGCCUGGGCAUCCCCUACGACCCCGUGCUGUGGUCGGCGGACCAGGUCAUCCACUGGGCCGUGUGGGUGAUGAAGGAGUUCAACAUCGAUGAGAUGGAGAUCGGGGCGAUCCACAUCCCGGGGCGGGAGCUGUGCUCCUUCUCCCACGAGGACUUCCUCCAGAAGGUUCCGAGCGGAGAGAUCCUAUGGAGCCACCUGGAGCUGCUGCGCAAAUAUGUGCUGGCCAGUCAGGACCAGGCAGGACAGGACGCCACCGUGACCAUAGACCAGCCCGUGCAGAUCAUCCCGUCGGCCGUCAACACGUCCAGCACCAUCAAGGUCCUGAAGCAGAGCCGCGGGCCCCGGACCCCCCGCAUCUCCGGGGGCGAGGAGCGCAGCUCGCCCGGCAACCGCACCGGGAACAACGGGCAGAUCCAGCUGUGGCAGUUCCUCCUGGAGCUGCUGACGGAUAAGGACGCCCGCGACUGCAUCUGCUGGGUGGGCGAGGAGGGGGAGUUCAAGCUGAACCAGCCCGAGCUGGUGGCCCAGAAGUGGGGGCUGCGCAAGAACAAGCCCACCAUGAACUACGAGAAGCUCAGCCGAGCCCUCAGGUAUUACUACGACGGGGACAUGAUCAGCAAGGUGCAGGGGAAGCGCUUCGUCUACAAGUUUGUGUGCGACCUGCGGACGCUGAUCGGCUACAGCGCGGCGGAGCUCAACGGCCUGGUCACCGAGUGCGAGCAGAAGAAGCUGGCCCGCCUGCAGCUGCACGGCCUGGGGCAGCCCGUCACCACCGUGACGCUGGCCACCUCCAUCGAGAAGGACAGCUGAGGGCGGGGCCCGGCGCCGGGGGCGGACAGUUCCUUGGUGAUGACUUGUGGGCGUCGGGCCCCGCCCCCUCGGGGUCAGGGGGAGGGGCCGGCGGCCUGACUGGGGUCAGAGGUCAGAGGUCCCCAUCACCCGCCUUCGUUCGGCGCUCGGACCCGGCCGGGCGUUCGGAGAUGUUCAUGUUCAUUAUUUUUAUAAAUCUAUGAAGGGCAGAAGCAUGGAAUGAGUGGUGACCCAUCAUGGUAGUUUAUGGGCUGUCAGGGAGACUGAAUGUUGCUUCAUGAUUAGUUCUCGUCUAGCUGUUGUUUCUACUGUAUAUACUGGUACUCUAUGUUUUUGAUAGCCACGACGGCAAGUGUAUUUUCAUAUGUUCCCAUUUAUAUAGCGGGUUGGUUUUUGUAUUUUAUUUAGUCUGUUCCCUGAUUGCUGGACCCUUUUUUUGUCCACUAGGGGGAAUAAAGUGGCAAGCAUUUUU